AUGGAGGCGGCGGAGAAGGAAUGCGGGGCGCUGGGCGGCCUCUUCCAGGCCAUCGUCAACGACAUGAAGAGCUCCUACCCUGUCUGGGAAGACUUCAACUCAAAAGCCACGAAGCUCCACUCCCAGCUGCGGACCACCAUAUUGGCUGCAGUGGCUUUCCUGGAGGCCUUCCAGAGAGUGGCAGACAUGGCCACCAACACCAGAGGAGCCACAAGGGAUAUCGGCUCGGCACUGACCCGGAUGUGCAUGCGCCACCGCAGCAUUGAGACCAAGCUGAGGUACUUCACCAAUGCCCUCAUGGAGAGCCUGAUCAACCCGCUGCAGGAGAGGAUCGAGGACUGGAAGAAGACCGCCAACCAGCUUGACAAGGACCACGCGAAAGAGUACAAGCGAGCCCGCCACGAGAUAAAGAAGAAGUCUUCUGACACACUGAAGCUCCAGAAGAAAGCCCGCAAAGAGCUACUUGGCAGGGGGGACCUCCAGCCUCAGCUGGACAAUGCCCUGCAGGACGUGAAUGACUUGUACCUCCUGCUGGAGGAGACGGAGAAGCAGGCAGUCCGCAGGGCCCUGGUGGAGGAACGGGGCCGGUUCUGCACCUUCAUCGCAUACCUGCAGCCAGUGGUGAACGGAGAGAUCACCAUGCUGGGAGAGAUCACCCACCUUCAGGGCAUCAUUGAUGACCUAGUGGUGCUGACAGCCGAUCCACAUAAACUGCCAACAGCCAGUGAGCAGGUGAUCCAAGAUCUGAAGGGCUCUGAUUACAGCUGGUCUUACCAAACCCCUCCGUCCUCCCCUAGCAGCUCAGGAUCCCGCAAAUCCAGCAUGUGCAGUAGUGUGGCACAACCUGCCAACACCCGCCUGUCCAGUGUCUCAUCCCACGACUCGGGCUUCAUCUCGCAGGAUGCAAUGUUCUCCAAGCCUCCUUCACCGAUGCCCUUGGACAUCACCAGCCAGAAGUCCUCCAGCUCUGCAUCGUCUGAAGCCUCUGAAACUUGCCAGUCUGUUAGUGAAUGCAACUCCCCGACCUCGGUUACUUCUGGCUCUGCCAGUGGGCUGUAUUUAGAUGGCCAAAAGGAUUGGUCCAAGCUCCCCAUCUAUGAGCAGCCGGCGGGGGCAAGUGUUCUGCAGCGCAGAAAGGAUCGUGUGGCAGAACCAGGCUCGGCCUCCCUGAUUUAUCCAGGGCUCAGCUUGGAAGACGGUCCCCGGCCUCGCCUGUCCCCCGCUUCCAUUGCUGCCAAGCACGGGGAGGAGGUGUCGCCAGCAGCCAGUGACCUGGCCAUGGUGCUGACCCACGGCCUGAGCCUGGAGCACCAGAAGAGCAGCCGGGAUAGCCUGCAGUUCUCCAGCGGCUACAGCACACAGAACACCACUCCAUCCUGCUCUGAGGACACCAUUCCCUCUCAAGGUUCAGAGUACGACUGCUAUUCAGUGAACGGGGACAUCGAGGGAGACAACCAGAACGAAUUAGACAAAUCCUCUACCAUCCCUCGCAACAGCAAUAUUGCUCAAAAUUACCGGCGGAUGAUCCAGACCAAGCGACCAGCUUCAACGGCCGGUCUGCCCAUUGGCACCACCUUGCCAACUGGGACGACGCCAGGUGUGGCUACCAUCCGUCGCACCCCUUCCACCAAGCCCACAGUUCGUCGAACCGUCUCCAGCGCCGGUCCAAUUCCCAUCAGACCCCCCAUCGUCCCUGUCAAGACCCCCACCGUGCCUGACUCACCCAGUCAUGCCAGCCCCCUCCGGAUGGGCAGCGAGGAAUGUGUCUUCUACACCGAUGAUGCCUGCUCGCCGCAUGGCCUGGACUUCGCCAAAGCCUCCCCCAAGAGGCUGAGCCUGCCCAACGCCAGCUGGGGUGGCAAUGCCCUGGAGGUCUCCAUGCAUGCCGGGACCGGGAAGCCUUCCACAGAAGAGGAGCAGCAGCUGGCCGCCAACCGCCAUAGCCUGGUGGAAAAGAUUGGCGAACUGGUGGCCAGCGCUCACGCUCUGGGAGAUGGCCAGUUCCCUUUCCCCACAGUGUUCUCGGACCCUGGUCCUGAGGAGCAGACCCCCACCCUCCCCCCGGCCGCUUCCAGCGAGCCCCCCGCUGAAGACAUGCUGGUAGCCAUCCGCCGUGGGGUGCGUCUUCGUCGAACCAUCACCAACGAUAGGUCAGCGCCACGGUUUUUGUGAUCGCUCUGCUGAGCUGUUGACCCGAACUUGGCAAAGGACUGGGAAACGUAAUGGAGGCUGGGAGAACUGCCGAAAGGCUGCCGUGCCCUUCACGGACACCUGGUCAGGAUCUGGGUUAGAAGGAGACUGAAUGAAAUGCCUUUAUUAGACCACCACACCCAAGGCCCCGCUUAUCAAAACCCGCUUUGGGACCUGUUUUCCACCUUGUCCCUUGCGCUCUUUCUCUCUGCCCUCAUCCGCAGCCAGGUGGGAAAGUGGCACCUGCCUCCCACCCAGCUUGGAGCAGCAGCAGCAGAGGAACCCCCACCCCAAACAGACCCUCCUGUCCUGUUCUCUGGCUCUUCUCUGCAUUCUCCUGCCCGGCAAUUGGCUCCUCCAAAAGAUCUGCAAGGCAGGAGGAGGAGUCUAGCAAUCCACCCCGCUCCUGAGAUGUGGGCUGUGGGCCAUACGGGGAGCAGGACCCCUUCCUGGGGGCUCCUAGAGGAGGAGACUUUCCCUUCCAGGUGAGGGGGUGAGGCUGUCUCAGCCAGGAGGGGCUUCCUUAAGAAGGGUUGCCUUCUUCCUCGCCCAGCCCAGGCCCCUGAAGCCUGCCUUGCGCCUCACAGAGCUUAGAGACCCCCCUGGGGCAGGACAGGGGGGCUUUUGACACAUGAUUUAGAGCACAGUUUGCAUGGAGGCGCCUGGGCACAUUGACACCCCGGAGCCUUUCCUAUGGCAGAAUGCAAGAAUGCCUAUCGAGACAGAUGGCGGAGGGUGGAGAUCAGGCCAGGUUCAGACGUGGGGAGGAUUCUACCUCAAGUGGGUGUGGGCUUUGCAGCCCUUCCCUGAAGGCGGGAGGAGUUCCGGUGGGGGAGCAAUGCCAGGGUGGGCAUCUUGAACACGGCACUUGCCUCAAACCAUCUAAAGGCCCCAGUGUCUCCUGGAUCAGGGGUGGGGGUGGCUUUAAAGGCGGCUGAUCUAAGGGGGUAGCUGCCCUUGGGCAGGUUCCUCUCUUCGGGCCAAACUCUUGACCGACUGAAGAAAAGGGGGGUCAGGAGAUGCUCCUCUGGUUGAUGCUUUGGGGGGGGGGAGUCGUUUGAACCCAGCAAACACCCUCAGCUCUGCGCCCACACGAUUGGUCUGGCAGAUCACCGUGACUGAUGCCUUUGGUUUGACAUGCUGGUGCUGGCUGGGCUCGCAUGCUCCACGAAGCCAGUCUUGGUUGGCUUGAUUUCAGCUCCACAUGAGGGGCAAGGGCCGUUCACGUGGCCAGACUCCCGUGGAAGAGCACAAGCGAUGCUGAAGCUGCACCAGGAAGGGGGAGAAUGGCCGAAACACACAAGAAAGUCCUGAAGAGGGACUUUUGGGAGCAGCUCUUCUCUCUCCUUUUGGGAAGCCCACGGCAAUUCCAUGGUGGGAUGGUUUUGACGCCUAAGGACGGAAGCCGUGAGGUGAGCCGUGGCCCAGACUUGCUUCGCUUCGCUCUGGUGGCCUGAGCCACUGACCUGCCUUGGAGUGAGAGCCCAGGUGCUCCGUCACAGCUCUCCUUGGCCUCUGCCUGCGCCGGGGCUGCUUCCGUGGCAGCUAUGCCUCCUGCCUGUCUUGCCUCGCUCACUUCUCCACCUUGUUCAUUCUUGUCUCACCAAACUCUUCUGCACUUUCAUCCCCAGCAUGUUUUGCGUCAAAGAGGCUUGCCUCAUUGUAUAGUCCUGACCAGUUUUGUUUACUGCCUAUUUUUGUAGUUGGCAGGAAGGUUUUUAAUGGGGAUGUUGGCAGAAAUGAUGCCAAACGUAGCCAUGAUGCAUUUAUUCACAGCUGGCACGCGAUGCAGCUUUUCCAUGGUCUGGAUCCAGCUCUAAAGAG